AAUGGCGAUCUCUCUUGAGGAAUCCAUUCUCAAGGUCGCUGCUCGCUCGUUGAUGGAGCGACACCAGCGCCGGCUCGCCGUCACCGGUUCCCACACCCGCCCUACCGUCCCUGGAACCGUUGAUCCGCUGCGUUGCUCUCCGAGUUCCAUUUCGCCUUCGGCUGCCUCUGCCGGAGACGAUGGCUGCGUUUUCUGCAAGAUCGUCGGAGGUGAAUCCCCUGCUUUCAAGCUUUAUGAAGAUGAUAUAUGCCUGUGCAUUUUGGAUUCCAACCCGCUGAGCAAGGGGCACUCGCUUAUCCUUCCAAAGUUGCAUUUUUCUUCUUUGGAAGUGACUCCUCCUUCUGUGGCUUCUGAGGAAUGUCUUUAUAAACAAUCAGUGGGAGGAUAUGGAAAUCACCUGUUCAAAUAUCAUAUGCAGAUUGUAGCAGCCAUGAGUUCAGCUGUGCCUUUUCUUAGCAAGGCAAUCAUGAAAGCUACUCAUUGUGACUCAUUUAACCUUUUGGUUAAUAGUGGUUCAGCUGCAGGACAAGUAAUAUUUCAUACUCAUUUCCAUAUUAUUCCCCGCAAAGCAGGUGACCAGUUAUGGCCUUCUGAGGGUGUGAGACGAUGCCUUAUUGAAAAUAAUGAGGAAACCUUCGACCUUGUGCGAUGCAUUAGACAACGGCUUGAGUUUUCUACUGAGGCAGUGUUUGGUUGAAUGUAAUUGUGAUUACAAUGGAGUUUCAGUUACAUUGAUAUUUGGAUUUUAAAGUACAACAGAGUCAAUUCUAGUGUUUGGUUUGAUAUUAAUACAAAUGCAGUGUUUGGUUGAAUGUAAUUGUGAUUACAAUGGAUUUUCAGUUA